UUUUGAUCCCCCUAAUACGGCCCAGUUCAAAUAAAAGCCCAUAUCAGUCAGGGUAUAUAUACUCCGCCGUUCAAAACGCGGGUAUUGUUAUUGUGUUUUGGAGGGGACGGAAAGUAGGGCAAGAAUCGAAGAUGAUUGUUCCGGUCCGGUGCUUCACUUGCGGGAAAGUCAUUGGAAACAAAUGGGACAAGUAUCUCGAUCUUCUCCAGUCUGAUUACGGCGAACCUGAUGCCCUUGAUGCUUUGGGGUUGGUUCGCUACUGCUGUAGAAGAAUGCUCAUGACACAUAUUGACCUCAUUGAGAAGCUUCUGAACUACAAUACUCCGGAGAAGUUUGAAGGAACUUGAGGAAGCUUAUGGAGUUGCAAGAACUCAGUAGUGUUUUAUCUUUCCACAUUCGACAGCUACGUGUCUUCGUAUGUUUUGAUACUUGGGAAACUUAAAUGUUGGGUCAUGGUAUUCAUGUACGCUGUAUGAUGAAGCAAUCGUCGUUUGACAUGACAUCCUCGUAAGGAAUGUGCAAUUUUA